UUUGCCUUUGGAGCGCAGGGGGCUAGGUCUCCGCUGGUUAAGUCAGUGUGUCCUUUGUCGCACUGUCAUUCCAGGUGCUGAGGGUUCCAAGACUCGGAGACGCCAGCAGCGUGAAGAUGGCAGUCGACUCAGUGGACUUUGAGGAUGUGGCUGUGCAGUUCACCUUUGAAGAGUGGGCUCUGUUGGAUCCUUCACAGAAGAGACUCUACAGAGAUGUGAUGAGGGAAACCAUCAGGAACCUGGCUGCUGUGGGGAGAAAUUGGAAAGACUGGAACAUUGAAGAUGAUGACCAAAAUGUGAGGCGAAAUCUAAGAAGCUAUGUGGUCAAGCGACCACGUGAAAGUAAAGCAAGUCUUCAGUGUAGAGAAAACAGCAGAAUUUCAAAUCUGAGUUGCGUCAAGGAAACUCAAACCUGUGGAACAGCAUGUAAAGGCAGCCUGUGUGAAAAAGUCUUCAUGCAUCCAAAAUUCCUUAGUAGGCACCUCAGAUUGUAUCCUGGCUGCAGAGUAUACAAGAGUCAGAAAUACGGAAAUAAGCCAUAUGAAUGUAAGGAGUGUGGUAAAGCAUUCAUUUAUCACCAGUGUCUUCGGAACCAUGAGAGUACUCAUACUGCAGAGAAACCUUAUGAAUGUAAACAGUGUGGCAAGGGAUUCACAUUUCUCAGUUCCUUUAGAAAACAUGAAAGAAGUCAUGUUAGUGAGAAGAGCUAUCAGUGUAAAGAAUGUGGGAAAACAUUUUUUGGUCGCCAAACAUUUAAGAUACACAUGAAUGUGCAUACUGGAAUGAAAUUCUACCAGUGUAAGCACUGUGGAAAACCUUUCCUGUAUUUUUCAUCGUAUAAAGCUCAUGAAAAGAAUCAUAGUGGAGACAGAUCUUAUGAAGGUAGGCAAUGUGGUGAAUCCUUCAGUGUCCCGCUAAAUCUGCGAUACCGCAAAGGGACUCAUGCUACAGAAAAAUCAUGUAAAUGCACAGUAUGUGGUAAGGAUUUCAGAUGUCCAUGUGUCUUUCAGUUACAUAAAAAUACUCAUUCUGGGGAGAAACUUCAUAAAUGCAAGGAAUGUGGGAAUUCCUUUGUUUGUCUUACAAGGCUUCAGAGGCAUGGGAGAAUGGACACUGGAGAGCAACCUUAUAAAUGUAUGGAAUGUGGGAAGGCUUCCAGGACUUUAAGCUUCUGUGAAUUACAUGGAAGAACUCACAUGGCAGAAAAACCCUACACCUGUAUUCAGUGUGGCAAAACAUUCAGGGAUUCUAAUACCCUUCAUGAUCAUGAGAGAAUGCAUAAUGGAGAGAAACUCUAUCAGUGUAAAGUGUGUCGUAGAGUCUUCAAUAAUUCAAGCUCAGUUCAAGCGCAUGAAAGAACUCACAGUGGAGAGAAACCCUAUGAAUGUGAACAGUGUGGAAAGACCUUCACUCGUUCAAAUGUACUACGAAUGCAUGAACGAAUUCAUAGUGGAGAGAAACCCUACAAAUGUGAACAAUGUGGAAAGGCCUUUAAUUAUUCUCAUUCCCUCCGCCUCCAUGAAAGAACUCACAGCGGAGAGAAACCCUAUGAAUGUCAACAGUGUGGAAAGGCUUUCACUCAUUCUAGUGGUCUACGUGCACAUGAAAAAAUUCACAGUGGAGAGAAACCCUAUGAAUGUCAACAAUGUGGAAAGUCUUUCAAUUACUCUAAUUCUCUCCGAGUCCAUCAAAGAAUUCACAGUGGAGAGAAACCCUAUGAGUGCCAACAAUGUGGGAAAGCCUUCCAUUCUUCUAAUUCCUUCCGAGUACAUGAAAGAACUCAUAGUGGAGAGAAACCCUAUGAAUGUCAACAAUGUGGAAAGGCCUUUGCUAGUUCCUGUUACCUUCAUGUUCAUGAAAGAACUCACCGUGGAGAGAAACCUUAUGAAUGUGAACAGUGUGGAAAGGCCUUCAAUUACUCUAAUUCUCUCAGAGUCCAUGAAAGAACUCAUAGUGGAGAGAAACCUUAUGAGUGUCAACAGUGUGGAAAGACCUUCACUUGUUCUGGUGCUCUCCAUGUACAUGAAAGAAUUCACAGUGGAGAGAAACCUUAUGAAUGUGAACAAUGUGAUAAAGCCUUCACUUAUUCCCACUCUCUGAAGGUACAUAUAAAGUCACACUUUCGAGAAAUUCUAUGAAUAUAAAUAUGACUGGCGAGCCUUCCAGUUGUUCCACUUACACUGGAGCAUAUGGGAACACUCACUGAAGAGAAAAAUAUAAGAAUAUGAAAAAUAUGGUAAGACCUUCAUUUGGUCAGGUGACAUUUGAGCACAUAAAACAGAAAAACCCCAACUAACCAGAUUCUGGGGGAGAAACCCUGCAUGUAAAAAAAUGUAAGGCUAAGGGCUUUUGUGCUUCAUUGCCUAACACAUCAUAAAAGGAAAUUAUUUGAAAUGUAAGCUCUAUGGAAAACCCAUCUUAUUACACCUUGCUUUGGGUAUACCUACCUGAGAAUUUAUCACGGAGAAACCAUGUAAAUAUAAAGAGCAUUAAAAAGAAUUUCAGUCAUUUUUGUUCAUUGAACCUGAGAUCACUGUUGUCUCCCCCACUUUUUUUUUUUUUUUCCUCCAGUAAUGGGGAUUGAAUUCAGGACCUUGCACUUGCCAGGAAGU